GCGUGAGAGAGAAAAACACUCAGCUGCUUGAUUUUUGUAAGUCUUUGAAAGUGAUGUUUAAGACUAAAAAAUCAUGUGAGCAGCCAAAAAGCCACAAACAGCACCUGAUCCAGAAGCUGCUGUACUGCACAGGAGAAAUGGAGCACUUUCACAUGUACAUGAAGGAUCAGACUUUCCUCAUGCAGCUGUUAGAGUGGUUAUUGAGAGGUGUCUCUGGUGUGAUCAUGGUGAAUAACCCUUUGAGUGGAGCUCUGAUUCUUACUGCUCUGUCAAUUGCCAGUCCCUGGCAGGCCCUGCUGGGAAGCCUGGGACUCCUCUCAUCUACAGUCAUGGCUAUCCUAAUCAGAGAGCCACAAGCUGAGGUUUCCAGGGGAGAACACGGUUAUAAUGGGAUGUUGGUGGCAUUAUUGAUCGGUGUGUUCAGCAAUGCAGGAGACUGGUACUGGUGGCUACUGCUGCCUGUAUGUCUUGCUGGAGCUGCAACUACAUUUGUACAUAGUGGCAUAGCAGCUGUGUUAAACAAAUGUGAUUUGCCUGUAAGUGUUUUCCCCUUCAACACUGUUCUGCUCCUGUAUUUGGCCUGCAUCGGUACUGAGAACCCAUACUACCCCAGCCAUCCAGCCCUGCCACAGGGGGAAACACUGAGCGUCAACAGCACACAACUCAACAUACCUCAGCUUGUGCAGGGUGCAGUGUUGGGAGUGGGGCAGAUCUACGCUUGUGAUGAUCUGGGGUCCACCCUAAUCAUUCUUGCUGCUGUGCUGCUUUUUUCUCCAGUCUUAGCCUUUCACUCACUGCUUGGGUCAAGUCUUGGAGUACUUGCAGGUCUCUCUGUUGCAGUGCAGCAGGAUGUUUUAUACACAGGGCUGGCUGGUUUUAAUGGUGCUCUUGGCUGCAUGGCUGUUGGACAGUUUUUAUUCACAUUAAGCUGGAGAACCCAUGUCUUCUCCAUUAUUUGUGCCUUCCUCUCUUCCUAUGCAAACAUCGCCUUAAGCAAUCUGCUGGCACAUGUGGAGCUCCCUGCCAGCAGCUGGGCCUCCACAUUAACUAUAAGCCUUAUGAUUUUAGUAAAUGAGCGGAGCAUCUCCACAUACAGCAUUGCUAUUGGCCGUAACAGCUCACCUGAAGGGCCCUUACACACUCCCAGCCAAUGUGCUGUGGCUAACACAGACAGUAGUUCUGUGUGACACACACACACACACACACACACACAAACACACUUGCAGUGAACCAUGUUUAUUAAUGGUGUCCAGUCCAUAUAUUUUCUCUGCUAAUUAAUGUGCUUGCUCUUCCGGAAACUUCUGAUGAAUGCAUCCCAGAGGGAGUAAAGUCGUUUG